UUUAGAAUAAAUAAAAAAAUGGUAGUACUAGCUGCGAUAUUGCUGGGGAUGGUGGCUUGCUCAAAUGCUUAUGUUUCAGAGCUUACAGAUAAUACGUUUCUUGGAUAUGCUAAAGACAAGGAGGUGUUAUUGGUGAAUUUUUAUGCACCCUGGUGUAGCGAUUGUCAGAAAUUAGAACCAGAAUUUGAACGCGCAGCUACCAAUCUUGGAACGAGAAGUUUAGAUUUGGCUAAGGUUGAUUGUUUUGGUUCGGGAAAGGGAUUGUGCGAAAUGUACGGCGUACGAAGCUGGCCACAAUUAAAAAACUUCAAUCGCGGUACAUAUACUGGUGAUUACACGGGAGAGCAAACAGCAGAGGCGCUUGCCGGCUAUAUUACAACAGUUGAGAACUCGGUACCACAGAGUCCUAGCGGUGGAAAUCCUUACGCCAUGGCGUUUCCAGGCGCACAAUCAAGUUACAACCGCCACAAACCAAGUUCACCAGUUGGACCUGCACCUCCUGUUGUCGGAGCGAUUAGUUGUGCCAAAUGUAACAUCGAAAAACCGAAUGGGAAAGGAAAAAUUAGUAAGCACUGCAGCGAGAAUGUAAAGAAAGCAUGCGUAGAGUUCAAGCAGAGAGAACAAGCGAAGAAACAAUAUGAUGAUGAUGACAAACGGUCGUUAAAGAAAAAGUCAAGUUAAAAAGAGUGUAUCCAACAUCAUUGUACAUAACAAACAUUCAAUCUUAAGGAAUAUACACGGACGCAAUGUCGUAAUAAGGUACCUCGCCCGGGUCUUCAACGCUUGUAUACCAUACAGGAUGACCUGGGUGGAAAAAUCAAGCGUAUAUCGUUUUUAAUAAGAAAAAUCAAUUUACCAACAAACUUGUCUUGAUUAUAACGCCUAAUAACGCACAAUAAACCAACGAGCCAACCUCAAAGUUGAAAAAUAAGAAACGAGGUUUGACAGAAAAGUAGUGUUGCUUAUUAAAAAAGCGCGUAAAUUUAUUUCAUUGUAUACCCUGGACUUAACCAUAUAUGGAGUGAAGAUGGAAACGAUUUGUAUAA